GGUGUUCGCGGCCGGGCGCGGGGCUCCGGGCUCCGGACGCCGGCUCCGACGUCUGGAGCGCUUGUCCUCCGUGUCCUCUGGGUUUUUCGCCCUUGAGACCCGGGGAGGCCGAGGCGAGAGGUUAUCCUCCUGGCAUCUUCCUCUGAGGCUGGCAGAAUAAUGGAGAAACGAUACUGAUUGUAUGAAAGCAUCCCCUUCGGCCAACUCCUGUCUUCCUGGGAAGGCCCCCUGGAAGAAACAGCUGAAGAGUUCCGGUGCUUUGCCGAGACCAUUCUGCUGGCUGGGGGAACACAUCCCUGCCUAGCUGGAGGAAAAUAGGAGAGCGUCCGAAGAGGCUGGCAGCUUCAUUUUGCAAACACACAGAUCUCUGCAUCCCUCAGAGAAGUUUUUUCCUGAUUUUGUUUCUCUUGAAGCGCCUGGGGUGAGGAUAAACCUCUACAUGGGCCAAGCAGAAGAAGCAGCUAAGAAGAAUUGCUCUGUGCCAGCUGUGUUUUUCCAUCAUCAAUCUUCUCAUUAGUCUUUAGUACAAGUCUGUAAAGGAUCUGUGACCCAGGUGAAUCAGUCAGGAGGGGCUCUUCACAGAGCAGAGGGAAGCACUUUUCACACUGUUUUAGAAUGAGAAGUUGAAUUCAUGAACACACCUAAUUUAGAAGACAUGGGCUGUGGCACUUCAUCUGCAACAAAAGACAAGAAAUCUGAGAAAGCACUAAAAGCCGCAUUGGUCAUACAGAACUGGUACCGAGGUUACAGAGCCCGGUUGAAGACCAGACAACGCUAUGCCCUCACCAUCUUCCAGUCCAUCGAAUACGCUGAUGAGCAAGGCCAGUUGCAGCUCUCAAACUUCUUCUCCUUCAUGUUGGAAAACUAUACACAUGUGCAGGAGAAAGAGCCAGGAUUAGUAACUCGCCUUUUUGGUAGCAGCAUUCAGGACAAGGAUAGACAAGACUAUUUGGAGUUGAUAGAAAUCCCAGACUCCUACUGUGGUCCUCGGCUGCAAUUUCCUCUCACUUUUACUGACAUUGAUUUACUUAUUGAGGCCUUCAAGCAACAACAGAUACUUCAUGCUUAUUAUGUCUUAGAGGUGCUGUUUGAAACCAAGAAAGUCCUGCAGCAAAUGCCGAAUUUCACUCAUACAAACACAUCUCCAUCCAAAGAGAUAACAAUUUGUGGUGAUUUGCAUGGGAAGCUAGAUGACCUUUUUCUGAUCUUCUAUAAGAAUGGUCUCCCCUCAGUGACCAACCCAUAUGUUUUUAAUGGUGAUUUUGUAGAUCGAGGAAAAAAUUCCAUGGAGAUCCUAAUGAUCCUGUUUGUGAGUUUUCUUGUGUACCCAAAUGACCUGCACUUGAACAGAGGCAACCAUGAGGAUUUUAUGAUGAAUAUGAGGUAUGGCUUCACGAAAGAAAUUUUACAUAAAUAUAAGCUGCACGGAAAAAAAAUCUUACAAAUCUUGGAAGAGGUCUAUACCUGGCUCCCAAUUGGUACAAUCAUUGACAAUGAAGUCCUGGUCAUACAUGGAGGGAUAUCAGAGUCCACAGACUUGAAUUUACUCCACCGUAUAGAAAGAAACAAAAUGAGAUCUGUGCUGAUGCCACCAAUUCCAAUGGAUGGAGACCUUGCUGAGAAGAAAAAUGAAUUGGGUACAACCACUGUGGCUCAGGGAAUCAGAACAGGUGGAUCCUUUUCUGAACAAUUAACAAAGCAGGAAUGGGAGCAGGUUAUCGAUAUCCUUUGGAGUGAUCCCAGAGGCAAAAGAGGCUGCUACCCAAACACAAACCGAGGAGGGGGCUGCUACUUUGGACCAGACAUUACCUCCAAGAUUCUUAAUAAAUACCAGCUGAAGACACUUGUUAGAUCUCAUGAAUGUAAGCCUGAAGGGUAUGAAAUCUGCCAUGAUGGGAAGGUUAUUACUGUAUUUUCUGCAUCUAAUUAUUACGAAGAAGGUAGCAAUCGAGGAGCUUACAUCAGAAUGAGUUCUGGUACGACCCCUCGAUUUUUCCAGUACCAAAUAACUAAGGCAACGUGCUUCAGGCCUCUUUACCAAAGGGUGAAUGCUAUUGAAAGUAGUGCCAUCAGGAUGUUAAAAGAGAGAAUGAUUUCACGAAAAACUGACCUCAUUCGAGCUUUCCAACUUCAAGACCGCAAUAAAUCAGGAAAACUUUCAAUGGGCCAGUGGGCUUUUUCAAUGGAGAAUGUUUUGGGGCUGAACUUACCAUGGAGAUCACUGAGUUCUCAUCUGGUAACCACAGACAAAGAUGGAAAUAUUGACUACAUGUCUGGCUUCCAGGAUGUCCACAUUCAGAAACCUGUGAAAGAGGUUCAGUCUACUCUAAUUGAAACAGUGUACAGAUACCGAUCUGACCUGCAAAUCAUCUUUAAUAUCAUUGACUCUGAUCACUCAGGCUUGAUCUCCAUGGAAGAAUUUCGUAGCAUGUGGAAACUUUUCAAAAGUCACUACAGUGUUCAUAUUGAUGAUUCCCAGUUUGAUGAGCUCGCCGAAAGGAUGGACUUAAACAAAGAUGGAAGCAUUGACUUUAAUGAGUUUUUAAAGGCUUUCUAUGUAGUGCAUAAAUUUGACCAGUUGAACAAAUCAGACACCAAGCUUGCAUAACAAGAAUUAGGGCUUUCCCUCCUUGAAAUAGUUGGCCCAAAUCUCUGACACAGUCCUUACCAUGACCCUUGAAAUCCAUACUCAACAGUAGAGAGAAGUAGACCCCAAUUUCUGCCAUAAGUAGAUGUAUAAUGUGGGUAUUUUAAGUCCCUAGUAAGCUGUUAUUGGCAGGACUAGGUUAAAUGUCAGCUUAUAGAAUUUGACUACAGUAGUGGGAGUCCCACACUGUCAGGUAGAAACUGAAUUUGAGCCUAGUGUUGGUCUCUUGGAUGCCACCUAACCAGGAGACCUGAGCAGUUUGGAAACAUAUUGAAAAGAACCCACAGAACACCAGAGGAAAGUACAGCAUCUGUGAGUGGCUGAGGGAUGGGAGGAGGAAUA